AUGUUGGAUCCGGCCGCCGCGCGACAACUCGCCGCCCGCGCCGCCGCACCGCCGUCCUCGCGGAACGCCGCGCCCGAGGAGGUGAUCAAGCUCGAGGAGAGCGGCGACGACGACAUCUACCGGCCGUCGCCUCCACGCGCCGGCGACGCCGGCCGAGGCACGAGCCGCCGAUCGAGGACCUCAGUCGAUAUGGCAGCAGCAGAGGGCAAGUUGAGUCCAGAUGCCAACGUUAACGGCCAUGUCGUCAGCACCAAGGACUACCUGGAUCCUCCUCCGACGCUGCUGUUUGACGCCGGCGAGUUGGGCAAGUGGUCACUCUACCGCGCCGUCAUCGCCGAGUUCACCGCCACGCUUCUCUUCGUCUACGUCGCCAUCGCCACCGUCAUCGGCCACAAGCGCCAGACAGACGCGGCACCGUGCAGCGGUGCUGGCGUGCUCGGCAUCGCCUGGGCCUUCGGCGGCAUGAUCGCCGUCCUCGUGUACUGCACUGCCGGCAUCUCAGGCGGCCACAUCAACCCCGCCGUCACUUUCGCCCUCCUACUCGCGCGCAAGGUCUCUCUGCCGCGUGCCCUCCUCUACGUGCUGGCUCAGUGCCUCGGCGCCAUCUGCGGCGCGGCGCUGGUGAGGGCCGUGCACGGGGGCCGCCACUACGUGCUGUACGGCGGCGGUGCCAACGAGCUCGCACCGGGGUAUUCGCGGACGGCAGGGCUGGUGGCCGAGGCGCUGGGAACCGCCGUGCUGGUGUAUACAGUGUUCUCGGCGACGGACCCGAAGCGCAUGGCGCGGGACUCCCACGUGGCGGUGCUUGCGCCGCUGGUCAUCGGGUUCGCCGUGUUCAUGGCACACCUCGCCACCAUUCCUGUCACGGGCACUGGCAUCAACCCGGCGAGGAGCUUUGGCGCCGCCGUGGUGUACAAUGGCCAGAAGGCCUGGGACGAGCAGUGGAUCUUCUGGGUCGGGCCGUUCGUCGGCGCCGCCGUCGCCAUGUUGUACCACCAGUACGUCCUCAGGAACGGCGCCGCCAAGCACUCCUUCGGCUCCAACCACGACGACGUGGAGGCCUAG